AUGCAAUAAUAAUAGCCUCAUGAUAUCUCCCCAUGGAAUCAAAACAACGAUGAUCUCCUGACUGUCACCGAAUAACAAGUCGACGAAUUCAAAACCCCUUACGAAAACUUCCAACAAUAGCAAGACCAAUAUAAAAAGUAGAAAGUUAUAAAAGUCAACACCACCAAUUGUAGAGGUGAAACCAGAUUAAUACGUAAAUUAAUUGCAAAAAACAAUUGGAAAGAAGUUUUCAACGAUGGCGACAUUUGCUUGCUAGGAUUACCAUUUAAAUAGUAAAAUUAUGACGAGUACUUCUCAUAAAUUGUUAACCGCUAUCCAGGAAUGGACUUACUGGCUCACAAGACAUAGUCAUCAUUUUAUUUGAAUAAGUUCGCCUAGUAUUUUCCAGAAGAAUACGAGUUCUUUCCUAAAACCUACAUCAUACCAGAUGAACUGGAUAAAUUUUAAAAAGAAUAUAAAAACACUCGAACUUACAUAGCAAAACCCGAUGCAGGAUCUUAAGGGGAUGGAAUCUACUUGCUAAAAAACUUAAAAGAAGUAAAGACUAAUGAGAGUAUAGUCAUCCAACAAUACAUCUCAAAACCUCUCCUAAUAGACAAAAAGAAAUUCGAUCUAAGAUUAUAUGUUCUCAUUACAUCUCUAGACCCCUAUUUAUGCUACAUCAAUAAGGAAGGACUAGCUAGAUUUUGCACUGUAGACUACGAAAAACCUAAUGACAAAAACAUCAGGAACUCCUUCAUGCAUUUAACCAACUAUUCUCUUAAUAAGAGAAGUACCAAUUUCCAAGUGUUUAAUGGGAAGAACAUCUUGGACAUAAAUGAGGGAACCAAAAGAACUUAUACAUCCAUCAAGAAGAAUCUAGAAAUCUUGGGUUACAAUAAUUAAGAUAUUGAGAAUGAAAUUGAAAGUUUGGUUGUGUCCUACUUAAAGAGUUUACUUCCAUUUCUUGCAUUCAAUUAAAAAUUAGUCUUCCAAAAAAAAGUUGCUGAAGUCAAGUGCUUUCAAGUCUUGGGAUUUGAUAUUCUACUUGAUGAGAAAGGCAAACCAUGGUUAUUAGAAGUCAAUUCCAAUCCCAGUCUCUAAAUUGAACAUGAAGUUUUUUCAGCAAAUGGCAAAUCCGUUUUUGAAGAAUCUUUGAUCGACAGUUAUGUUAAAGAGUUAGUUCUGGGAGAUGCAAUUAAGUUAGCCAUGAUGCCAACAGAAGAUUAAGAAGAACUUCCAGGAUUCGAGAGUUAUCGAAAAUUAGAUGUAGAUUCAACUGAAACUAUAUUCUCAUAGAUGAUGUAGCUUUAUGGUUUUUUGUCUGGAUACAAAUUUCAAGAAUAUUUAACCUCUUCGAAGUUUUAAAAAUUGGCAAGCUUUCCAUAAAUGACUUCCUAGACUUUUCUAAAACAUGAUUACGAUUUGCUAUUCAGGAAAAUUAUAUUGAGAUCAUGCAAUACUAAUUUAAUGGAUUUCUUUCAAUUUAUUAUUGCAAUUGAAUAACUUGCUGGAAAAUUAAACUAGGAUUUAGAGGAAAUGCUGGAUAGAAUAACUUAGAAUUUAUGA